GCAGAAGCAGCAGAGGCGGCGGCGGUGGCAGCAGCAGCAACAGCAGCAGGUCCCUUUCUCCUUUCCCUUCCCCGCCCCGCCGUAAUUGCCGAUGGCGGCUGCAGGGCAGCCGAAGCUCCUCUUCUACCUGUCGGCGUGCCUGCUACUCUGUUUCUGUGCCGCCUUUAACUUGGACACCCGGGAGGAAAACGUGAUCCGCAAGACCGGGGAGCCCGAGAGUCUCUUCGGAUUCUCCCUGGCCAUGCACUGGCAGCUGCAGCCGCAGGACAAGAGGCUGUUGUUGGUUGGGGCGCCUCGAGCCAGAGCUUUUCCACUACAGAAGGCCAACCGGACAGGAGGCCUGUACAGCUGUGACAUCACAUCCCAGGAGCCUUGCCAACGCAUUGAAUUUGAUAACGACGCUGACCCUAAUUCCGAAAGUAAGGAAGACCAGUGGAUGGGUGUCACUGUCCAGAGUCAGGGACCAGGGGGAAAGGUGGUGACGUGUGCCCAUCGGUAUGAGAGAAGGCAACAUGUUAACACCAAGCAGGAGUCACGGGACAUAAUUGGGAGGUGCUAUGUGUUGAGUCAGUCUCUUACCAUUGAAGACGACAUGGAUGGAGGAGAUUGGAGUUUUUGUGAUGGCCGUUUGAGAGGCCAUGAGAAAUUUGGUUCCUGUCAGCAAGGUGUAUCUGCAACUUUUACUAAAGAUUUCCAUUACAUUGUUUUUGGAGCCCCGGGCACUUAUAAUUGGAAAGGAAUUGUUCGCGCAGAGCAAAAGAAUAACACUUUUUUUGACAUGAAUAUCUUUGAAGAUGGGCCAUAUGAAGUUGGUGGUGAGACUGACCACGAUGAGAGUCUAGUUCCUGUUCCAGCUAACAGUUAUUUAGGUUUUUCACUGGACUCAGGAAAAAGUAUUGUCUCUAAAGAUGAGAUCACUUUUGUGUCUGGUGCGCCAAGAGCCAACCAUAGUGGAGCUGUGGUUCUCCUAAAGAGAGACAUGAAAUCUGCACAUCUUUUUACUGAGCAUCUGUUUGAAGGAGAAGGACUGGCCUCUUCAUUUGGCUAUGAUGUAGCAGUAGUGGACCUCAACAAAGAUGGCUGGCAAGAUAUUGUUAUUGGAGCACCACAGUAUUUUGAUAGAGAUGGAGAAGUUGGGGGUGCUGUGUAUGUCUACAUUAAUCAGCAAGGCAAAUGGAAUAAUGUCAAGCCAAUUCGCCUUAAUGGAACCAAAGAUUCUAUGUUUGGCAUUGCAGUGGAAAACAUCGGUGAUGUUAAUCAAGAUGGAUACCCAGAUAUUGCAGUUGGAGCACCUUACGAUGAUUUGGGGAAGGUUUUUAUCUAUCAUGGUUCUCCAAGUGGAAUUAAUACCAAGCCCACACAGGUUCUUGAGGGUAAAUCUCGAUACUUUGGCUACUCAAUUGCUGGAAAUAUGGACCUUGAUAAAAAUUCCUAUCCUGAUGUUGCCGUUGGUUCACUCUCAGAUGCGGUGUCGAUUUUCAGAUCUCGACCUGUGAUCAAUAUUGUGAAAACAAUCACAGCAACACCGAACAGAAUUGACCUAAGACAGAAAAUGAACUGCGAUGCACCGAGUGGAAUAUGCCUGAAGGUUAAGGCCUGUUUUGAAUACACUGCCAAGCCCAGUAAUUACAAUCCUGCAAUAUCAAUUGUGGGCACACUUGAAGCUGAAAGUCAGAGGAGGAAAUCCGGCUUAUCAUCAAGAGUUCAUUUUCCAAAUCAAGCUUCUGAACCUAAGUCUUCCCAUGCCUUGACUCUGAAAGGACAGAAACAAAAAAUGUGCAUGGAGAGAACACUUUGGCUGCAGGAGAACAUCAGAGAUAAACUACGUCCCAUUCCCAUAACAGCUUCAGUGGAAAUCCAAGAACCAAGUUCACGGAGGCGAGCAAAUUCACUUCCAGAACUUCUUCCAAUUUUGAAUUCAAAUGAACCCAAAACAGUAACCUCAGAGGUCCAGUUCUUAAAAGAGGGAUGCGGAAAUGAUAACAUCUGUAAUAGCAAUCUGAAAUUAGAGUACAGAUUUUGUACGCGAGACGGCAACCAAGACAAAUUUUCUUAUUUACCAAUUCACAAUGGCGUCCCAGAGCUUGUUCUCAAAGACCAGAAGGAUAUUGCUUUAGAAAUAACAGUGACAAAUAGCCCUUCCAAUCCCAGGAAUCCUACAAAAGAUGGGGAUGAUGCCCAUGAAGCGAAACUCAUUGCAACUUUUCCUGAUACCUUAACUUAUUCUGCAUACAGAGAGCUGAGGGCUUAUCCUGAAAAACAAUUGAGUUGUGCAGCCAAUGUAAAUGGUUCCCAAGUAGACUGUGAACUUGGAAACCCCUUUAAGAGAAAUUCCAGUGUUACUUUUUAUUUGAUAUUAAGUACAACAGAAGUCACCUUUGAUACCACAGACCUGGACGUGAAUCUGAAGUUGGAAACAACAAGCAAUCAAGAUAAUUUGGCUUCAAUUACAGCUAAAGCUAAAGUGGUUAUUGAACUGCUUUUGUCGGUCUCUGGAGUUGCUAAACCUUCCCAGGUGUACUUUGGAGGUACUGUUGUUGGUGAGCGAGCUAUGAAAUCUGAAGAUGAAAUUGGAAACUUAAUAGAAUACGAAUUCAGGGUAAUUAAUUUAGGUAAACCUCUUAAAAAUCUUGGCACAGCAUCUCUAAACAUUCAGUGGCCCAAAGAAAUUAGCAAUGGCAAAUGGCUGCUUUAUUUGAUGAAAAUAGAAUCCAAAGGGUUGGAACAAAUAAACUGUGAGCCACAAGAUGAAAUUAACUCUCUGGGACUAAAGGAAUCUCCUCACAACUCUAGAAAGAAACGAGAAAUUGCAGAGAAACAGACAGAUGAUGGCAGAAAAUUUUCUUUAUUUGCAGAAAGAAAAUAUCAGACACUUAACUGUAGCACAAAUGUUAACUGUGUGAACAUAAAAUGUCCCCUACACGGUUUGGACAGUAAAGCUUCUGUUAUAUUACGGUCAAGACUGUGGAACGGUACAUUCCUAGAGGAAUAUUCCAAGCUGAACUACUUAGAUAUUCUUCUUCAGGCUUCCAUUAAUGUUACUGCUGCUGCAGAGAAUAUUAAGGUUCCAAAUGCAGGGACUCAAGUCCGUGUUACGGUAUUUCCUUCAAAGACAGUCGCACAGUAUUCUGGAGUGCCGUGGUGGAUCAUCCUUGUGGCUAUCCUUGCUGGAAUUCUGAUGCUUGCUCUAUUAGUAUUUUUACUAUGGAAGUGUGGAUUCUUUAAGCGCUCCAGGUACGAUGACAGCGUUCCGCGAUACCAUGCUGUAAGAAUCCGGAAAGAGGAACGACAGAUCAAAGAUGAGAAAUAUAAUGAUGGCCUGGACAAAAAACAGUGGAUCACAAAAUGGAAUGAAGAUGAAAGCUACUCCUAGGGGGAAAAACAGCACACUCUCCAGACUGUUCUCUUGUUUUCCAACUCAGAAAUUUAAAUGGAUUUUAAAAGUUCCUUCAGUAACUGAGGAUUGGUUUCAGACUUACUACAGACAGUAUGGACCUACAGUUUUAAACUGUGGAUAUUGUUACGUAUCCCAAGGCUUUUAUUUUGCACAGCUAAAUUUGAGAUGGUUGGAACUGAUUUUUUUUUUAACUGCCUUAAUUUAAAUUUCCAGAUUGCCUUUCAUUUUGGUGUGGCUGACCCAUGAUGAGAAAGGGUAUGCUGAGUUGUAUGUCCUGUGAAAUCUUCCCAUUAGUAUAUUAGAAAGAAAGCCACCAUUAUCAGUCAUGCUGAUAUCUGGCAUGUAGUAAGUUUCAUAAUUCUAGUAUUACCUUUGCAAACAUUUCUUCCACUAGAAUUGGAGAACUUUAAAUCGACAGUGGUUUAAGCUAAAGUACUGUCUUCAAGUAAAUGUGCAAUAGAAGGUGAUGCUGCCAUCCCACCAUCUUGUUUUUAACCUCAGAUUUGUGUGAAUACUGCUCACACCAAAAUACACAGGUUAUCAUCUUCUCUUUUGACUAACACACACACACACACAAACACACACACACACACACACACACAAACACAACAGGCUUGAAUACUAGUUAUAUUUUUUGUAUAUAUUUUAGCCCUGGUAUUUAUUUUUGUCAUAAAUCAUUUUGCCUUUAACUAACACAUAGGCCAAAGACUAUCCAAUUUACCUUUCUUUGAUUGGUUUAGGUGUUCAGAGUUAGUACAUAGGUGGUUAGUGGUUUUGACCUAAAUCUUUCACUGCAAAAAGAAAAUAAUAAUUCUUUAUAAAUAUACCAGAGAUAUUUUUUUAAUAACUUAAAACUUAGCUAUAUAUUGUAGCAUCUUCCCCUCUUCUUUCUUCCUACCCUCAUUCUUCCUAAACUCCAUCUAGAUCUGGGUUUGGCUAAGAGAUAGGAUUUAACUCUAAGAUUAUUUUGUCCUUACUGAACAGUCAGGAUUCUUUUUUUGGGGAAGGGGUGCAUUUUGUUUGCCCUCCAGCAACUAUUUUCAGAACAUCACACACAUGCUUUAAUGAAAUCUUGGAGGAAAUGGACUAGUUUGUCCCCAUCCCUCACUCCUCCAGAUGCUCUCUAUUAAUAGCACUUGGAAAAAAGGUAGGUGCAUAUGGUGGAUCUGAACUGAUCCAAUUUAAGACUACUGAAUGAUGCUCUAAUGUCAAAACAGUGAUUUUAUUUUUCAGACACGAUAGCAUGACUUUUAAUUUUUUGGUUACUAUUAGAGCCAUCAAAAGAGUACAUUGAUGUUUUUUCUCCAAGCUAUGUUCCCUGAAUGACUUUGUGAUUAUUAAAAUAAGAACGAUACAAUA